AUGGAGAGGAAGGCUGGAAUGGAAGCAAUUGGCACGGACACGAAUCUACAGCCCGCUGUCGCGCACAUUGUCGCAUUCAUUCACGAUGGGAUUCGAGUGAAUUUGGUGUUGAACUUCGUGGAGUUGCUGUACACGCUGAUCUCGAUGAUUCGACAGUUGGUGCACAAUCACAGCAUCGAUCUAUUGCCCCAGCUUCACAAACUACUCCCGUCAACAAUCUCGUGCUGUCUCUACAGUCAUGCGGGCAAUGGAAAGGAUGAUGAUGAUUGGAUGUUGUUGAGGGAAUAUUCUGCAGCUACUCUCGCCCUCAUUGUCCAGAAAUAUUCCCCAAUGCUGCCGUCAAUUCGUGUGCGUCCAAUUGCCGUUCUCGUCAAACAUUUCAACGACACCUCAGCCAGUCUCUCUACUCUCUAUGGGGCCCUUCUGGCUAUUUUGGGAUGUGUCGAGACGGAUGAACAGCUCUCCCCGAUCCGCGAUCGUUUCUUUGCCCUGAUGGAUGAAUGCGAGCAGAUGGGCCCCGAUCAUCAGCGAUACAACGACGCAGCCCAUCUCCUCCCAGCCCUUAUUACUGCGAAGAAGCGUUUCGUCGACCCAUUCGACGCGCAGGUGGAGGAGGACAUCGAGCUCGAGCCGGUCGCCUCGCAAAUUGUCGAA